UUUUUUCACUUUACUUUUCAUUUCAAAUUUCAAAUUUGUUCUGCGAGUUGAUUCUCCCUCCCAAUUGUUGCAGGAAGGUUUGAACUCCAGAACCAAACACUCUCGUUUUGAGUAUCUAUCUAGAAUGGCACCGCCUUUCGUUUUCCCAGCCAAUCUCCACUCGCUAGAGGAUGAAGACGCCGGCGGCAACCAUCUCUCCGUCCAAAACCUUACAUCCAUAGCGACUCUUCGCCCUGCUGCUCAGGAAGAAUUCGUGAAAGGUGUUUCCUAUGACCUAACCGAUAGAGAGCUCUUUUGUAUCGAAGAGCAGGACGUGUUUGACCGCGUGUACUCGCUUGUGAAGGACUUUGCUACCUUGCCUCCGCCUUGUAAGCUCAAUUUGGUGGAGUCUCUUAGGUCUAAUCUUAGUGUCUUGCUCCCAAAUGUGGACUUGUUUUCAAGGGCCUCCGGAAAUAAGGAUGGUAAACCCAGUGAUAAUGACAGUGACGCUGGGGAUGACUGUGAUAGCUCGGUUGCAGAUCGCUUGGCCUCACACCGGAAUGCUUUUAAGAGUUACACCUUCUUCCUCAUGCACAUUGUGCUCAUUGAGGAGUUUAAGUCGAGCCCUAACAAUAAUGCAAAAGGGGUGAUGGCUGGUACUCGGAAGAAGCAACAUGUGAGCCAAUGGGAUUGGGAGCCCCAAAGGGCAAAGAUACUGACUUUGAUUGCCAAUUCCUUAGAGAUCAACCUCUCAGUCCUGUUUGGUUCUUCAGACCCCGAUGAAAAUUACUUGUCUUUUGUUGUAAAGAAUUCUUUCAUCAUUUAUGAGAAGGCCGCAUUGCUAAAGGACUUGGUUACAAGAGAUGCCUUAAACCGGAUAAUUGCAACAUGUUCAACUAAGUUCCAUCAGACUGCCCAGUCAUGUGCUUCCAUUCUCCAUUUGAUUCACAAAUACGACUAUACUGUAUCUCCGUUGGCGGAUGCAGUUGCUGGGGCUGAGAAGAAGUAUGCAGAUGGGAGCCUUGCCACUUCCCUUAUUAGAGAGAUAGGAAGGACAAAUCCAACAGAUUUUGUAAAAGAUACUGUUGGAGCUGAAAAUGUAGGAAGGUUUCUUGUUGAGCUUGCUGAUCGAUUGCCUAAAUUAGUCUCAACUAAUGCAGGCUUAUUAAUCCCUCACUUUGACGGGGAAUCAUAUAAGAUAAGAAAUGCCCUUGUUGGGGUGUUCGGGAAGUUGGUUGCUAAGGCUUUUAAUGGUACAGAAGGUGAAGUGAGUUCCAAAUGUAUUCGUCUUAGAACGAAGCAUAAAAUGCUGGAGAUACUGUUGGAACGUUGUAGGGAUGUUUCAGCUUAUACCAGGAGUCGAGUUCUUCAAGUUUGGGCAGAACUCUGUGAAGAACAAUCUGUUCCAAUUGGAAUCUGGAAUGAGGUUGCUGCACUAGCUUCUGGAAGGUUAGAGGAUAAGAGCGCUAUGGUCCGAAAAGCUGCACUUAAUUUACUCAUCAUAAUGCUCCAACAUAACCCCUUUGGCCCACAACUUCGAAUAUCCUCUUUUGAAGCAACCUUAGAACAAUAUAAGAAGAAACUGAAUACCCUUGUCCCACCGGAUCAAUCAGAGACUGUUCUAAAUGGGGACGGUGAGGCACUUAAGGAAGGUGAUGAAGGGAUGUCCUUGCAACCGAAUGACAGUUUAACUGAUAGUUGUUUGUCUGAAAUGCAAGAGAAUACCGCACAUGAGGACAAUUCUGUGCCUGAUGUUGGCAACUUGGAGCAAACAAGGACUUUGGUCGCAUCAUUAGAGACAGCAGUUCAAUUUUCCAAGUGUAUGUCUGCUACAAUGCCAACUCUUGUGCAAUUAAUGGCGUCAUCUUCUGCCACAGAUGUGGAAAACACAAUUCUUUUGCUAAUGAGGUGCAGACAGUUUCAGGUUGAUGGCUCAGAAGAAUGCAUCCGAAGGAUGUUCCCACUGGUAUUUUCACAGGACAAAGCAAUUCAGGAAGCUGUUGAGAAUGCUUUUAUAACAAUUUACCUACAGAAGAACACAAUAGGAACUGCAAAGAAUCUCUUGCGUCUUGCUAUAGAUUCAAAUGUUGGAGAUCUUGCAGCACUUGAACUCUUAGUUGGAAAACUGGUAUCCAAAGGCGAUAUAACAUCUAGCACAUUGUCAGCAUUAUGGGAUUUCUUUUGUUUCAAUAUUGGUGGAACAACUGCAGAACAAAGUCGCGGUGCUUUGUCUGUGUUGUGUAUGGCAGCAAAAUCUUCAACUGCUGUUUUCAGCUCUCACCUUUCAGAUAUUAUUGAUAUUGGGUUAGGUCGCUGGGCAAAAGUUGAUCCCUUACUUGCAAGCACAGCAUGCACCGCGUUACAAAGGCUGCCUGAAGAAGAUAGGAAAAAAUUGUUAUUUACUAACGGACGCCGUGUUUUUGGCAUUUUGGAAAAUUUAAUUAUUGGGAAUUCACUUCAUGAAAGUAUAUGGUAUGCCACUGCUGAUAAAGCAAUACGUACUAUAUACACAAUUCAUCCAUCUCCUGAGAAAGUAGCUGCGGAUCUGGUGAAAAAAUCUCUUGGUUCCAUAUUUAAUUGUGGUGAGGGGGAAGAGCUACAAAAUGAUAUUCAGAACGGAGGCUCUAAUGUGCCGACCAUAAUUAAUGUACCAAAACUUAGUAGAUUUCUAUUUAUUGUAAGCCAUGUUGCUAUGAACCAAUUGCUUCACAUCGAAUCAGUGGUCCGGAAGGUUCAGAAAGAAAGAGUAAAGAGAGAACUAAUGGUUUCUGAACAGACUGAGGAUAACACCCAUGCUGAAGCUCAAAAGGACAAAGGUAUCAAUGCCGAGUUAGGUGUUGCUGCAUCUGAUGAUGCUUUACUUGAUUCACUUGCUGAAGGAGCAGAAAAAGAAAUUAUUUCUGGCAGCCCUGAUGCAAAACACUUAAUUGGGCAUUGUGCUGCUUUUAUCUCAAAACUAUGUGGGAACUAUGCUUUUAUGCAGAAGUACCCUGAACUUCAGGCAUCUGGAAUGCUUGCAUUGUGCCGGUUUAUGAUAAUUGAUGCCGACUUUUGUGAUAAAAACCUACAACUCUUGUUUACUGUUGUGGAGAAUGCUCCAUCAGAAACUGUUCGUUUAAAUUGCACAGUUGCCCUUGGAGACUUGGCAGUUCGUUUUCCGAACUCUUUAGAGCCAUGGACUGAGAACAUGUAUGCACGUCUUAGAGAUCCAGCAGUUUUGGUCAGGAAGAAUGCUGUAUUAGUCCUUUCGCAUCUCAUCUUAAAUGACAUGAUGAAGGUAAAAGGUUAUAUAAAUGAAAUGACCAUCUGUUUAGAAGAUGACGAUGUACAAAUAUCAAGCCUUGCCAAACUGUUCUUCCACGAGUUGUCAAAAAAGGGAAGCAAUCCCAUUUAUAAUCUACUUCCAGAUAUCUUAGGCAAGCUAUCUACACAAAACUUAAAACAAGAAUCAUUUUGCAACAUAAUGCAAUUUUUGAUUGGUUCAAUAAAAAAGGACAAACAGAUGGAGGCUCUUGUCGAGAAGCUUUGUAAUAGAUUUAGUGGAGUUACAGAUGUUAGGCAGUGGGAGUACAUUUCAUAUUGUCUAUCUCAGUUAACGUUCAACGAGAAGAGCAUUAAGAAGCUGAUUGAAUUGUUUAAGGCAUAUGAACAUGCCUUAUGUGAGGACACUGUGAUGGAUCAUUUUCGAAAUAUAAUAAACAAGGGGAAGAAGUUUUGUAAGCCGGAAGUCAAGUCUUGUAUUGAAGAAUUCGAAGAAAAGAUCAAUAAAUUCCACAUUGAAAAGAAAGAGCAAGAAGCUGCAGCCAAGAAUGCCCAAAGCCACCAACAAAAGAUGGCAAACCUUGAGAGCUUUAUAUCAGUUAAAAAAGAGGUGGAGGAAAGCAGUGAAUCUGAAGUUACUGAAGGUGGAGCAGAUGGUGAAGUCACUGAUCUGUCAACUGAAGUAUCAAUAGAAACCAAACUUUCAACCACAAAUUUUAAGACAGCAUCUACCAAGGAGUCAACACAUUCUGGUGCUUCCAGCAAUCUGACAGAAUCAGAAUUGGAGGAAAAUGAAGUUCAAUCACCACUUGUUCAUCCCAGAGGAGUUCCCAUUAGAACAAGGGCAAAGAGAAUCAACAAAGCGGCCAAAGUUAUUGAUCCUCCUCCCAGUAGAACUCUCCGGUCCAAGAGACGGUAGUUCUCAAUCCGAAUGACAAAAGCUGUGCUUGAAUUUCCCUUGUGAUGUAUGGUGGAAUGGUAUUAAUGGUAUAUAAUAACACAAAUAUUAUUGUGUUAUUCUUUAGGUUAUUUUCUCUUCUGUAGAAAUAAUGUAUAUAUGCUGAUGUAUUAUUUUUGACAAGUUCUGCUUUUUGUUUCGUUAUGGUCAUGUAAUCAAUUAAUAUCUUCAUGAGUAUAUAUAAAAUUAUAAAGUCAUCUCAUUCUUUUAUUUUUAGAUUAAAUAAAUAAAUGACGGGUUGGAGUAUUUUU